UGCUGUUGCCCCGCCAGUCAGCGAGCAGCCGGAGAGGAGACAUGCUGGACCUCCAGUGGACCUAGGAUCCUGUCGGCUUUCUCCACAGUUUAUGGAAGAUCACUCAGUUAUGACGGCCAGCAUGUUUAAAACCGAACCUGUCUCUGUUAAUUGAGUCGCAGAAGUCGCAGGUUGAGAGAAUCAGUUGAGAAGAAAUAGUUGAGGCAGCCGGUGUGACAGUCAGCGUGUGGGAUGGCAGCUCCCCGGCCGAUAAAAGGCAUCCUGAAGAACAAGAACAGCGGGGCAAACGUUAAAUCGCUGCCCGACGAAGCCCCGGGAGAGAGUCUUGAACAAGCCCCGGUCCUCUCGGAGGAGGACCAACAGAAGAAAUCCACGAAAUGGGACGAGAUGAACAUCCUGGCCACGUACCAUCCGGCUGACAAAGAUUAUGGCCUGAUGAAGAUAGAUGAACCCAGCACACCGUAUAACAGGAUGGUGGGGGACGAGGAUGAUGAAGGGGCGCUGAGUGACUCGGAAGGCCACAGUGGACUCGCAGCUGAUGACCUUGCAUCAAAGCUCCUGGCAGCAGAGGGCUUAGAGCCUCGCUCAAUGAAAGACGAAGAAGAAGAAGAGGAAGAGAGCAGCGAGGAGGAGGAAGAGGAGCUGACUCCUGAAGAACGAGCCAAAAAGUCUCAUUUUCAAAUGAUGAGGAAGAUGCACUACAACGAGGGCAUGAACAUCAAGCUGGCACGCCAGCUCAUUGCCAGCGAGCUAGAAGAAGACGAGGACGCAGACGAAGAGAUGAGGGACGACACAGAAGAGGCGAGGGAGGACACGGAGGAGACGGAGGAGAUCAGUGUUGACCCGCCACAGGAAGCUGAUUCUCUGGACUCGUAGACGAGGCUUCUCUCCCACCUCCAGCUCUGUGUGUCGGCUCUGGAUCCAGACAGACAAUGCCACUGCGCUCUGUGUUUUUUUUAACGCUGGGCCGUACAACAGACACCGCUUCACCACGCAUAUAACAAACCUCAACAGCCAAUAACCUCCCGGUCACCUGUCUGUCUCUACUAUCCCUUAGAACUGUGCAAUAUAACAUUCAAACGCUCUGGUUUUUAACUCCCAGAAUCAGUAAAACACACAAGAGAAGACUGUUGCUCCCUCCUCCUUCUCCCCUCUCCUAUUGCCAAGAAUUUCCCCCUCCUACGUCCUCUGGACUGGCACUGAAGAAUAUGUGAUUCUGACCCUGAAAGGAGGAUCAAGGCUUUGUAAAAAAACAAACAAAAAACAAACUGCUGGAUACCAGGACCUCCCGUCUGGCCGCUCCACAGUCCUUCUGCAGGCCGCAGAGCAGCACGUCAGCCCUGGAGGAGGCCAGGGGAAACCCUGCGGCCUCACUGAAGGCAUAUCUGAGACAUGACGACAGCGCUUUUAAUGGUUGCACUUCAGACGGCUUUUGUUUUGCUUUGUGACCCACCACUCUGUUGAGUUUCCUCCUUCCAUACUUUUUGUGAUAAAUAUUGGACACUGUCAUGACCAGUUAGGUUGUUGUCAGGUGAGCUAUUCAUAUUGACAUAAUAGUGAUAUUAUAAUUAAGCAGCUAUAUAUUAGUCUCUAAUAGUCAGAAAAGACAACAUGAACCACGUCAUCUGAUUUUCAUUAUAGAAACAUCAAACAUCAAAUACUCUAAUUGACACGUGCUGUGGUGUCUCAGUUUGAUGCUUGCAGUCAACUGUGUAGCUUUUAGCUCAAGAUCAAUUAAAACAACACAGAUUGUAAGUAAUAUAUUGGCACUUUGCUGCUUUUGCCCAAGAACUUCUCAUUUACGUUCUCUCUUUAUAGGCAAGAACACCACACCAAACCUCAUUUAAGAUACUGGCAGUUUUUAAAAACAUGUAUACCUCAUGCAGCCAGAAGACUGUAGGUAUAUAAGUCGUCUAUCAAGAGAAGCUUUUUUCACUUAUAGUUCACCAUUUAAAUUUAUUUACGAAAGAAGAUUGCAGGACAAGCUAGUAAUAAACAUUUUAAAUUGUACAAGAUAGAGUCAGACCCCUGUGUUUUUGAAAGAAAAAUGAAAUUGACACUUAACACCUUUUAUCCUUUAUUUUAAAAAAGUAGGAGAGACAAUGUUGAGGUUCCACAUCUGAGGUACAGCACAUGCUACUGAUAAACAGGACAGUGUCAGGUCUUUAACAAGUUACGGCUCUUAUGUAGAUUUGACAGAAGAAACCAUAAUCUGUGUUGCACAGAAGCUUCAUUAAACAAUUUGUAAGUAAAAGGAUAUUUUGAGGAAAGUACAGUUCUCUACCUUGUGUUUUUUUAAUUUCUCCCCGGCUUCAUCUCCCUUUUAUUUAAUGUUGUCGGAUCUACUGAAGUGUCUUUAACGACCCAGCGUGGGAAUGUCAAAGAACGAGUUGUUAUUGAUGCUACUGACUUUAGUUAAAGCAGAUGUUGGCGGUGGAGAUGACCACUAAGGCUUAUAGGAGGCGUUUCAACCAUUUUUUGGUAAUGUCUGGGGUUCCUACGUAAGUGUUGAGAAUGUUAAUGUGUAAAAGUCUUAAAGAAGGUUGGAUUUGUGAAAAGUGCUGCUGAAAAAAAAAGACAAUGAUGAUAGUGCAAGCUUCAAUUGCACCGCAAGACGAGGGAUGGGAAUCAAAUUAUCCAAUGCAUCAUAAUCAUAUGUUCCCUGUUGGUUCUACACUCUAGUCCGACAUUUUUAUCCACACAGAAAAUGUAUCAGGAAUCAAUAAAGAAUCAGCCUGAUAAACAGAAUCUACAUCGACAUUAUUGUCAAUAAAAUCUUAACCACCGCCAUCCCUACCGGAGAGAAAAUUCAGUAGGAACCCUGAGUAUGUCUUGUGUUGUGGUCUCUUAAUUUCCUUCUUAACCCUUUAACUCCUCACUGUGACUGAAAGUGUUGAGCUCUGUAUUAUGGAAAUACAAAAAGAUCAACAGUAUGACUUCUGCAAAUGUCCCUUUGCAGUUUAUUUUGUUCUUGUAAUUUAGUAUUCGGUGGCGUUUUGUAGAGGUUAAAGCAACUUCCUUUGGGCCAUUUACACCAACCAACAAGCUCCCAUCCGAGCAGCUAAUUUUACAUGAUUACUGUAGAGAAACAGGAAUCUGUCUGGAAAAACAAACUGUAUUGUGUGAACGGAUAGAAAAGACAACUGCAGAGAAGAUGUAUUUAUGUUCUCCCUUAAGACAAAAGGACAAAAUUGUCCCGAACAUGACUGAGAUGAUCACCCGUAGGUGGUUGUUACCGGUCAAAUGUGCCUCUAUUGUAUUUAUGUACAUGUGUGUAAAAUGAACAGGCUAUGCUUCUUGUAACAGGUUUUUUUUUCUCCACUGUCUCGCUUUCUGUUAUUGCACCUCUUCUGCCCUGUUGGUUUUCUAACGAAGACAGACAGAUGUCUGUUUGUCUCAAAAAUGAGGUGGACGGUAAAUCCAUGGGUUUUUGUAUUUCCAGUUUGCAUGUCCUUAAUCAUCAGAUUGUGUGUAUUCUGUUUUGUUUUGCCACCUAUCAUUAAACAAAUGUUGUUAGGA